AUGGAAAUGAAGUACUUGGGCCAAGGAGGCUACUCAAAUGCCAGCUUACCUGGAAAAGGGAAAAGACAACAUGAAGUAGAAGAUGCUAACGUAUCAAGACUAAUAACUAAAGUGCGGUGGGUUGUUGAAUCGUGCAACGGAAGAAUUAAGCAGUGGCGAUUUUUGGAUAAAGUUGUUUCAAAUCAUUAUGUACCCCAUAUCGGGGAUUUUGUGCGUAUUGUGUGUGCGCUAUGCAACAAGUACCGGCCAGCACUGGCAUCUCAUGAUCCAGAAGGUGAGGGAAUUGCAUCGUUGAUGCUGGAGAGGAGUCGGCAGGGCAACCCAGUCAAAGAACUGGUUGAAAGAGAAAACCUUCUUAGAAGGAGGAAUGUAUACAUUCCAAUAACUGAAGCUGAUGAUGUAAGCUUUCCAGUGCUUUCACUGGAUGAACUUAAUAUAACAAUGGGUGUUUAUCAACUAAAGUUGGCACCAGCAUAUGUUGCAAAUCAUGUCGAUAGUGACAAUGCCUAUCAGCUUUUCCUGUGUAAGGAAGUGGAUGAUUUAAUCCGAGUGAAAAUCCAGUCUCGGCAUGUCGGCUCACUCUUGCACACUUUGUGGGUUCAGUUCACUGAGGUUAAGGUGACAGGAUGGUACUGCACUUGCAAAGUGGGUGCUAGAGUUGUUGGAUGUUGUGCACACAUAGCAAGUGUCAUUUGGUACCUUGGGUAUGGCAGACACCAAGACAAGAUGCCAGUUUCCAGCAACACUAGUGAUACGCUCUUGAAUGCUGCAGUUCUUGAUAGUGAUUCAGGUACUGAGAUUGAUGACUUUGUGGGUGAAGAGUAAAAGUGUAUGUUUAAUAUCUUAGCAGUGAAUGAGUUGUAAAUAAUUGCUUUGUUAAGAUGUUUGAAUACAGACUUUUAACACUUACUUAGUGUAAAAAUCAAGCUGUGCCAAGAAUGAAAUUACACCUCCAAUGGGCCCCUUUGAGGUCAAGACUAUUGAUUUUUAUUGCAACAUGACUGGUAAUUGUGAUAACAUGUUGUGAAUGAGAUGUUUACUGUAUGCUAAAACUGGUUGUGAAUACUGACAUUUAACACUUACUUGGUGUUAAAA